AUGUUCGGCAGGGUUGCAGGACGCCUGUUAGGAGGCGCAUUCGGCUCGUCCUCGCCCGCACGCCAGCCCGACGCCGACUCUCCCGCUUCAAUCAACCUCGGGGCGACUUCGACGACGACUGCGCAGAUGGCUGGUGCGAGCGGGUCUGGGCGCGCGAAUAGGACUGCUGGAGGCAGCGGCAGUGACGGCGGGGCGGCAAGGAACUCGCUUGAACUGGAGGGAACGGUCAACCCCGCAGACACCCUCGCUUUGCCUGGAGCUGGAUCGGGGGACGACACGGAGGGGCGUUUGAAGAAGGAAAGACGGAAGAAAAGGAAGGCGGAGCGGAAGAUGAAAAAGCAGGCUGCGCUUGAACAGAAUGGCGAGGAGAUGCAGGUUGAGGAGGACGGAAUCUUGGAUAUCGGCGAGCUCCCCUCCGCUUCAGACGACAGCGACUGCAAAGACGACUCGGAGGAGGAGCGCAAGCUGCCGAACCGACGCUCGCUACUGAUCCGCUUGACCUCGCCAAACACCCCUUCCGGCGCGCGACUGUCGUCCUUGCGCAAGAAACGCCCGCGCAAGUCGGUUACUCCCGAAUUCGCCAGCGACGAUUCGCCGAGACCUGCGAAGCGCAAGAAGGCGGAGGACGGACUGGCGAGCGAGGAGGAGCGGGCAGACGCGGCCGGCGGUUCUGGAAAGGGAAAGGGCAAGGGAGGGAAUCUCGCUACCAAGGGCCGGCGCAGUGAGCGGGUCGCUGGCGGAAGUGACCCGCAGCAGGCGCUGCUCGUAACGCCUCCCAGAAGCGAGGAGUCGGACGCGGAACCGGAGGAACCGGUCGACUUAAGGGCGAAGGACAUCAAGGACUUGCAGAACCCGCACUUGAGUCGCGACUACAAGAAGCUCAGCUUGGGUUAUAACGCGUCCAUCAGGAUUGGCGAGAUCAUCGAGCUGCAGCGGACGAGCGGGCGCUGGCUGGGCGCUGUCGAACAGAUUCGAGCCCUCACAAGCGACCUCUCGCUGACCGGCGGGCGUCCGCAGGCUACCGGCGUGUCGCUGCAGAUCUCGUGGCUCUACUCGAGAGAAGACCUUCUCGGGUUGAACCUGCCCAACGCGGACGCCUGGCAAGUACCAAGUGCGAUCAUGGGCCCGAGCGAGCGCGUCAAGACGAGCCACAAGGACUGCGUCUACCUUUUCGACGACUCGUACCCAGCCGAACCGCCUAACGGCGACACCUCCCCUCAUCCUCUUUGCCCAUACCGCACCGACACCCUCAUCAACUUGACGCCCUCAGGCUACGCUGUCCCCGCCCUCUCGACCCCGACCUCCACCUCAAGACACGCCUUCCACUCCCAGACGCAGGUCCCGCCCUACUUUUUCGGCGUCUCGGCCAUCUCGCCCUUCGAAGACGAGGAGCGACCGCUGAGACUCCACGGCGGGAGGGACGGCGUACCGCAGGUCCCGUACGUUCGGACGGCGUUCGCGUUCGAGCCGCACUUUGAACACAACAGCGAUGAGGAGGACAUAGAGAGCGAGGCGGGCAGUGUCUCGGCGAGCGCGAAGAAGAAGGGCAAGCGGAAGAGCAAGCGGCGGGAGAAGAAGGUCUGGCCAAUGCAAUUCGUCCCGCACUCCACCGACGACGAUCCGUACAAUCCUCGCUGCGCCCAGCAUUUUUCGCGCGCAGCCGGCAUGUGGUUCAACGUCGACGACCUCCUCAAGGCGAAAAAGUACCGCAAGGUCAAGUCCGGCAAGGCCGCAAGCAGCGCGCCGUCGGACAAGGCCAACACGCAUUCUUUCACGUUUGAAUUGCCCGAACGCACCGCCUCGCGCUUGUCGAAGCACACCUCGACGUCCGAGUCUGCCACCGCCUCGUCCUCGACCGACGACUUCAACCCUCGCAACGCCUCUGUGCCCGAAGUGAUGGCCCGCCUUGCCCAGCUCGCCGACUCGAAGAUUGUCCGCGGCGGCGCAUUCGGCUUGACGGGUAACGCAUACCUCGUCACCCGCGCGGAGAACAUUGCCCACCUCCUUGACAUCGUCGAGAGCGACAUCGGGCUCAGGGUGCAGAAGUCGCAGAUGGACAUGGUUGAACGCGAGGGAUGGAGGGCGUCGUCGAGCGAUCGCGCCAACUUGCUGGGCGAGGGACGCUUGUUGUUGGAGGCUGCGCAGGCUUGGAGGGACGAGGUCGACCGCAGGGUCAAGGGCGUGCAGGAGGGCAAGGGGCUCGCGAUGGAGUGGAGGCGGACUGGGGACGAGAAGCUGCCCAGCGGGUGCGAGUGGAUCUGCCCAAAGUCGGGCAAGGCGAUUUGA